UUCCAGCCACGUGAGCCACCGGCCAGGGAUUCUGGGCAGCCCGUGGCUUUAGGAGAAACUGAAACUUGGCUCGCCGGGGGCGGAGUGGUCACUGGGGAUUUAAAAAGCCACCACUUCCUUAGGUUCCCAGAGGGCACUGGGAGGUCACAGCAGCCGAGGGGCACCCUGAGCAGAUGUGAGCCUCUGCCCAGUGCCCAGGCCAUGCACCUCUGUGCGGGGGAGGGGCUGCUGACCGGGACGGACCCUGAGGGGCAGCAGAGGCAGCUGAAGAAGCAGAAGAACCGGGCGUCUGCCCAGCGCAGCCGGAGGAAGCACACGGACAAGGCAGACGCCCUGCACCAGCACGAGUCCCUGGAGAGACACAACCGAGCUCUGCGGAAGGAGAUCCAGGACCUGCGGGAGGAGCUGGAGUGGCUGGGUCGGACCCUGCACAUGCACGAGCGUCUGUGCCUGAUGGGCAGUGCCUCCUGCUCGGCUCCUCUGCCCCCCGGCUGCUGGGGCCAGGCCGGGCGGCCCCUGGGCCCCGAGCCACCCAGGCAGCACGGCUGCCGGGAGUUUGUGCUCCAGCCCCCAGCCUCCUCUCCCCCGGCUCAGCAACUCUCUCCACACCCGCAGCCUGGGGCCUCCCCUGGCCCCCUCCUGUGCCCUCCACCCUGGCCGUCCCCGAGCCCCAGCCCAUUGGCGCCUUCCUCCAAGCUCAGAGUGCCCCUGCCCCACUCAUCAGCCCAACCGGCCCCCCACCAGCCCCCUGGGCCGGAGCGCCUUGGCAGGGGGAAGCUGGUGCCCUCCCCGCUCAGGCCCUCGGCUGCUUUGGGGCUGGCCCGUCUGCAGGACACGGAGCACAAGCCUGCUUUCUCGGCAGCAGACCCGCCUGGGCUCCAGGCCUUCCCGCUGCUCUCCUCCGCUCAAGUCCACUUCUGCCCCGGCCCCUGAGCUGGGCUGGCCUUCCUCGGGCUCAGGGAGCGGCCUGGGCACACAGAUCUGCUCCAUGGCACGGCCCCUGGCCCAGGACUUCCCCGGGAAAAGGAAACCGGCACCGUGUGCCCGCGACCGACCAGGCCCUGCCAGCACCGCUGUCUUAUCUCCCCUCCACGGUCGUCCUGCACAGUCCCGACGCCACUUUUUCCGAGAAGGAGACAGAAGCUCCGAGAAGGCAGCAGCGACUUGUCCAAGGUCACACGGCCUUUCUUGGGACCAAGAACACCACUAUCAGCCGCUUCCGCUGCUGGUGGGAUCCUGCCCAGGCCCCGCAGGGCUGGAGUCCGGAAGGCAGGCUGGUGUGCGGAUGUAUGAGGCUGGGAGCAGGGAGGAGCUCUCCCAUCUGCUUUGCGAUUCCCAGGGCCAUGGGGCACCGAGUCCCUGAAACCGUGUCCUGGCGAGGGGUCCAGAGUCCAAGCCUGUGUGGGGAGAAGCCUGGAGGGACUCUUCCUCCCCCCGGCAGGGCUUUCGGUUUCAGACUGAACCGGGGGAGGGGGCUGGGGAGAAGCCUGGACAGUCUCCCUGGGGUUUCAGCAGGUGGGGAGCCUGAGCCACACUAAGACCUGCAGGGCCACUUCCCAGGCUUUUCCCAGAUAGCUCCUGCCUCCCUCCGGCCCCAGGCCCGUGGGGAGGGGGAGUGACGUCCCAGAGAGCCUGCACCUGGGCACAGAAGGGGAGGGAAGAGUGAGGGAAGGGCCGGGUGCAAGGUUCCUUUAAGCACGCUGGGCCUGAGCCUGGCAGGGGGAGCCCUGUCUUCCUCACAGCACCCCUCCUGUGCGGCCCCAGGCCCCUCCAUCGGUGGCCCUCACUGCUCUUCCGUCUGAUGGUUCCGGGAAGAACAGGGCCCGGCGACCAGGCUGGCGCUCAGCUGCAGCGUCUGCUCCAAACGGGGUUCUCACUCAGACCAGGACAGGCGCCGGAAGGUCAGCAGGCACUCUGCUCGCGAGCGUUAGACACACCCCAGGUGCCGAGCCUGUCUCCGCUCAUUGCCAUGGGAAAUAAAGUGCUUCCUGGUUCCUUUGGCUUCGGCUAAUGGUUUAAAGCUCUGCUUGUACACUGUACACUGAAAACAAAGGCCUCUGAAGGGAGAGGGAGAGUUUUCUAGGAUCUCAGGGGUGGGCAGUCCCUCAUGGACCUCCUUAUCUAACCCCCCUCCCAUAUUUCAGAUGAAAAAACUGAGGCCCAGCCAAAACUGGUUUGGCUCAGUAGACAGAGCAUCGGCCUGCGAACCGAAAGGUCCCGGGUUCGAUUCUGGUCAAGGGCAUGUACCUU